AUGUCCCGUUGUACGAUAAACUUUGAACGGGAAGCAUUUUGUCCCGUUUUUAGAAUAGGGAGUAUAGAACAGUUAAAGAGACUAAUUACUCAGCCAUUGGAUCAAUAUUUCAAGUUAUUGGGUAAACAAGGUUAUUUGGAAGUCCAUCAAAAUAAUCUUUACCAUAAAAACUGUGUUCAAUUUGCUUUUUACUUCAAAAAAAAUUAUUUGAAUCCAAAGAACAUUGUAGUUAACAUGAUUGAUACCCAACGCAUGAAAGAAAUCAAAGAAAAUCGUGAACGUUUAGUACCAAUAAUUAAGUCCAUAUUGUUCCUAGGUCAAAAUAUUGCACUUAGGGGUCACAGGGACGAUGGCCAACUUUCAUCUCCAAAUAUGUCAUUAGAUUUUAGUUCAAACACUAAGUCAAUAACUAAUCAAGGAAAUUUUCGGGAACUUCUUAAAUUCAGAAUAGAUGCUGGCGAUAAAAAUCUUGAACAUCAUCUAAUGUCUACUUCUAAAAAUGCUACAUAUAUAAAUUAUCCCCUACAAAACAGCUUAAUUCAGUGUUUUGGAAAAUAA